AUGGUGCUGAUGCGCGUGGGGGAGUUCUACGAGUGCGUUGGCUUUGACGCGGUGCUGCUGAUGGAGCACGCGGGGCUCAACGCCAUGGCGGCGGAGAGGGGCGUGCCGCGCGCGGGCUGCCCCGCGGCCAACCUGCGGAGGACGCUGGCGCUGCUGGUGGAGCAGGGGCUCAGCGUGGCCGUGGUUGAGGAGGUGGAGGCUGGUGGCCGCCCCGGGGCCAAGGAGCGCUACCUGCGUGAGGUGGUCAGCACAGCACAGCCCCACCUCCUGGACGGACUGGUGGACGACGAGACGGGGGCUCAGCUGGCGGCGGGGGCGCUGGACGGCGGCGCGGCCGCCACGGGGGGGUUCCUGGCGGCACGGCCCAUCAUAGGCGUGUCUGCGACCAGCGGCACGGCUGCGGGCUGGGCCGUGAUGGCGCUAGACCCGGCGCGGCUGGCGCUCAUGGCGCUGGAGGGCCUGAGCGAGGAGGCCAUGUGGGCGCACGUGGGCGCGCUGGGGGCCGCGCCGCCGCUGCUGGUGCACAGGAGGGCGGGGCAGGGGCACCCCACCCAGGCUGAUGUCCUCCAUGACAGGGAGUUCCGCCUGCGCGUGAGGGAGGCCAUGGGCCUCGCGCCACCCCCCCACGACGCGGCCGCCUCCGCCAGCGCCAGCGCGCGCGGCGUGGCGCGGCCCUACAGCAGCGUGGACGCGGAGGGGGGCUUUGUGCGGGAGGCGCUGAUGAUGCUGGGGCGGCCGGCAGACACGCCAGUGACGCGGAUCGAGGGCUCUGGCUACCUGCUGCGCCGCGGCGCCACCCUGUUCAACAGCACCGCGCGGCAGCUGGGGCUCAUCCAGACGGAGGGGGUGCCCUCGCUGCUGGACGCUACCCUGCCGCUGGCGUGCCCCCCGGAGUGCCGCCAGGCCAUGCGUCAGCUGCUGAUGCUGCCGCCCCCGCCAGAGGAGGCCGCACACAUCCACGCCGCCGUCAGGCUGCUGAGCGGUGACCUGGGCGGUAGCCCCCCCGAGCUGCGCACCGAGUGGAGCAGUGACCUCAUCAGCCGGCUCGUGCUGGCGCAGCAGGCCAGCCACAGCUUCUUCCUCAACAUCGUUGACAUGCUGGAGGCGCUCAUCGGCUGCCUGGACCCCGCCACCGCCCCCGAGCCCCUCCGCGCCGCCGCCUCCCACGCCGUCGCCUUCGUCUCCGCCUCCGACGCGCGGCCCCUGCCGCCUGACGAGCUCCUGACGCUGCUGCGGCGCUGCGUGGCCAGGGUGCUGGCGGUGGUGCCCAGUGAGAGGCUGGACCUGGACCCCAGCGGCGAAGACGAGGAGGACGAGGAGGUGGCGUCCGAGGUUGCGGAGGACCGCGGCGCGUCCGAGGCAGGGGAUAGCGGCGACGACGGCAGCGAGGAGGGCGGGGAGGAGGGCGGCGCCGAGGGGGCGCUGCUGGCGGGGUUCAGGCGGUCUGGGGGGCCGGAGGUGUUUGGGUCGCUGCGGCGGCUGGCAGAGCUGCACAGGCGGGUCCGGCCGCAGCACCUGGAGGGCUGGGCUGACGCGGGAUCCCUGGCUGCUGCGCUCUAA